AUGGAUUCGAGAAGAUUUAUCCUUCGAAAUCUCACAAGCUUAACUAAAUUUGAACCAACGGCACCAAGAAAAUUCUAUUAUGUCAAUACUUUAACAAAAAAUGAAACAAUCACCGAAUUGAUCGACCUUGUCAAACAAAAAACCGAAUUCGUUGUUGAAACAAAGUAUGACAAAAUCAAUGGGUGUCCAAAGUUAAUUCAAAUCUUAUUUGGUCAUAAGUUUGUAUUGCACACUAUUCUUGUUGAAACUUUAUAUUUACCAGAGAUUGAUCAUUGUUUACAUCAUCAAUUAAAACGUUUGUUCUCCGUUAUUUUAUCACAGUCGAAUGAAAUACAAUCGUGGGAUGAUAUAAAGUCAGAUUUAUAUCAUUUUUUGAAGUGUUCUUUAUUCACUAAGCAUCAAGUUGAGAAGCUCCAAGCGGUCAGCAUAAAAGAAAAAUUUGGACGUUGGUUUGAAGAAAAAUGUAUCAAUAUGAAAGUAUAUGGUGCACGGUCUGAAGAAUGGUCAAUAGAAGAAGCUUUUGCAUUCUUGUUCCAACAAUAUUUCGACACAUCAGUUUCUGAUUGUCGUGAUUGGAAUGUAGGACUUUUUGCGUACUUGCAUACGAAUUGCGAACCACAUCCGAAUCGUCAUAAUCAAGAUGUCAUCAAUCUAUUGAACGACAACAAGCGUCGAUUGAUUCUCCGUCAAUAUGCGAUUCAUGAAUGUACAGCCGUUAGAAAGAUUGCUAGCGUUCUUCAAAACAGCUGGACACGGAAAAACGCAGAGAACUAUUUGAUAAAAUAUUAUGGAAAAUUUUCUUGGUAA